AUGAACUCAGCCCGACUUUCCCUCCGGCAUCUGGCCCAAGCGGCCCCAGCCCUCCGACCUGCCGGCGCUUUCCACAUUCCAACAAAUCAAUUACAGUGUCGUCUACAGUCCACUUCUUCCAAAGCGAUACCCAGAUUCGCUCAAACGUCACUAUGGACAUCGAUGAUUCCCAAGUUCAUCCGGAACCGCGGCGCUAAAGAAACCAAGCCGUAUAAGCCGAAAUCCAAAGAAUGGAACCCCGCAAGCUUCUACAUCAUCAUCUUCAUCUUGAUCGGAUCCCAGGCCAUCCGGAUGAUCGCAUUGAAGAACGACUAUGCGGCGUACACACGGUCAACAGAUGCGAAGAUUAGGCUUCUUCGGGAGGUCAUAGAGAGGGUGAAUAAUGGGGAGAAGGUUGAUGUGGAGAAACUGUUGGGCACUGGAGAUGAGGCGAAGGAACGAGAAUGGGAGGAAGGUCAGUGCUUGCGUGCUCUUGAUUUACCGUUCUACCAUACUUGGAACCCUGCUUUUACUAACUCAGGGCUCUUCUCUGAUAUAGUACUACGCGAGAUCGAAGCAGAAGAUUCAUUGUGGCAUCGCAAGGCGGCCGCGUCGGAAGCUCAGCAAGAGCAGGUCGAGGAGCCAAAACAAUCGAUUAUGAAGUCAAUCAUUAAAGAUCCUGCUGUACCUGCAGAGGGACCUCAGGAUAAAGGUUUACCUGCGGAUAGCCCGUCAAAGAAGAAGCUCAACUUCUUUUAAACAAGCGUGCGUCUAUUGAUGGUCAGCAUCGCCGCACGGACUUACACCCGAGGCUACUAUCGAGAUGCGUUUCUCGAAUGAUGAGAACGAACCGUGCUUAUACGCCGGACAAAGUUCCAUAGGUGGUUGCUGUCGGGGGUGCAGAAACUGCUCGGGAUAUGGUUCUCAAUCAUUCCCCAAUCCGGAAGUAGCGAAGAGGAGAUGACGAUAUCUGACAGGCCAUGCAUAGUCC